AUGCCUUUUGGAUUCUCUCAAUUUUCGCUGUUUCUUAGACAAUUUCGUCAUGGAUCGUCACAGUUGACACGAAAGAGGGAUGCGCCGAUAAUGACGUCAUCGAGUGAGGGCGAGAUCCUACAAGUAUCGCAGGUCAUCAGAGAGCGAUGGAAAAUCAAGCAGAAGAUAGGCGGCGGUGGAUUUGGCGAAAUUUACGAAGCCAUCGACAUCCAAAAUCACAAUGAACGGGUAGCUGUAAAGGUUGAAUCUAGCAAAGCUGCAAAACAAGUGCUUAAAAUGGAAGUGGCCGUUUUACGUCGACUUCAAGGCAAAAAGCAUGCGUGUAAAUUUUACGGGUGUGGACGGAAUGACAAAUUCAACUAUUUGAUAAUGAGUCUGCAGGGGAAAAAUCUUGCAGACCUUAGAAGAGAGGCACCAAAACAAUGUUUUAGUUUAAGCACUGCUAUACGAUUGGGUGUACAAAUAUUAAACGCUAUUAGGGAAAUACAUUCAAUCGGAUUUCUUCAUCGAGACGUUAAACCGUCUAAUUUCGCUAUGGGACGUAGUACGGCAACGAUGCGUAAGGUGUAUAUGCUGGAUUUCGGCCUCGCUCGACAAUACCUCAACGCUAAGGGAGAAAUUCGAAGUCCGAGGAGCGCUGCCGGCUUCCGAGGGACUGUUCGAUAUGCGGCCGUGUCGGCACAUAAAAAUAAGGAAAUGGGCAGACAAGACGAUCUAUGGUCGUUAUUCUAUAUGAUGGCCGAAUUUCUUCAAGGACAAUUACCAUGGCGAAAAAUUAAGGAUAAAGACGAGGUGGGACGAAUGAAAGAGGAUGUCGAUUUGGAUCUGUUGUUAGAGGAUUGUCCUGGUGAAUUGUACCAGUUCGCUGCUCAUCUAAAAACAUUAUCUUAUCCAGACACGCCUGACUAUGACCUUCUGGAGAGUUUACUAGUCCAAGUGAUUCACAAGAAUUCCAUCUCUAUGGAAGAACCGUAUGAUUGGGAGCUUGGAUACGAGAAUCUCUCCGGUCGUGGUAGAGCUAACGGUAAUAUCUCAGCACGAAUGAAAUCGCAUACGACAGCAGUUAUCCGAGAUCAACGAUACGAGGACAAGAAUAGAGCGCUUGACACUCAAGCUCCAAUAACUAUGGGUGAGGAUGAGGAUGAGCAGACGAACGGUCAAUGUCCACAAAUCAUGCAUCAAGGCGAUAUUGGUCACGAUAAACCCGAGAAACCUAAGUAUAAACGGCAUGAGUUCCUCAAACCCAAACUAGGAAUGGUGAACAUGGAUGUGAUCGAUGCGGUUAACGCCCGGCUUGCAGCCUGUGACGACAACAAUGGUGGAAAUAAUCGUGAUGUAGAGGCUAAUUUCAACCUUCCUUACACGAUUCUUCGACCACAAAUAGCUGAAACAUCCGCUUCAGUAAAUAAGGCCAUAAUAGCUCCGAUCGAUAAAACAAGCAGAAGCAACAAAUCGAUAACGAUUUCGUUGAAUAAACGCUACAAUAAAAGGCCUUCGACGACGGGAAGCAGUGAUGGUGCGAUUGCGGACGAGUUAUCCGGGCAGAACCAGAAAACUGCGGUCACUACGGUUCCCAGUAAAUGGCAAGCUUCAUUUGACGCCUCUUGUGAUGAUAUAUGUGAUAGCAAAGAGCAACAAAAAGACAUACUUGACGUGAACAAAUCAAGGGAACCAAUCGCUAUCUCAUCUACUAACCGCUGGAAUCCGCUUCCACAUGCCCGAAGCGAUGCGUCUUUGAGUGCACAGCAUGUACAACAAGAAGUUGUGUCACCUGCCAAUCACUAUUCUCCGCUAUCAGGUCGACGUCCAUCCGGCAAAGAACAACAACAACCACCACCACAACAACAACAUCAGCAACAACAACAACAACAACAACAACAACAACAGGAACGUCCUCCAAUGCAUCGAACGCACAGCUGUGGUGCUCCUCAGUCAUCGAGCCUCAUUUCUCAUUUUAAGGGGCUAAUAAAUUCUUUCAACAAUCUUGGCUGUGGAAGCCGGCUCACACGAGGGAUUUCUGUUGAUGAAGCGACACGAGCAGCAGCUGAACAAAAUCGAGACACUAGUUACAAACUUAGAAGCAGCGCUUCUACGGGUUUGCGAAUUUCGCCUGCCGUUGCGACGACGAAAGUUUCGGCGACGCUGGAUGUUCAGCAAGAUUGCAACGAUGACGAAAAAGAACAACGACGGCAACGAAGGCUUCGACGUAGAAGUGUGGAAGGCAGUAUAAGAAUGCCAGUACCAACGAUCACAACUACCGUACCCGAAACACCGCUCUCACCACUACGACAUGGAAUCGUUCAACGAUCCGUCGUUCACGCUCCGGUGGAGACAAUGAUGAAAAUGCGUGAAAGUGCACCGGAUGAAGAAUUUCGUAUUCCACUUGAGGACAAUAAUAAACCGAUCCUCUUCUACAAGCGGAAACGAUAUCAAUUCUUGAAUUUCCCUAGAGCUUCAUCGAAAUCGUAG